GGUUUCCAUAGCAUAACGCAUCGAGCAUCAUCACUCUGCUUCACUGCAAAUCUUCAAUGGCGGCCACUCAGCAGAAGAAGAAGAGUCCCCGUAACCCUGAGCUGAUCAGGGGCGUCGGAAAGUACUCGCGCUCCAGGAUCUACCACAAGAGAGGGCUUUGGGCCAUCAAAGCUAAGAACGGCGGCGCUUUCCCGCGCCACGACAAGAAGCCGGCGGCGGCAGCGGCGGUGGAAAAGCCGCCCAAGUUCUACCCCGCCGACGAUGUGAAGAAGCCGCUCGUGAACAAGCAUAAGCCGAAGCCGGCUAAGCUCAGGGCGAGCAUCACUCCGGGAACCGUUCUCAUCAUCCUCGCCGGCCGGUUCAAGGGCAAGAGAGUCGUGUUCCUGAAGCAGCUGCCGUCCGGUCUGCUUCUCGUCACCGGGCCGUUCAAGAUCAACGGCGUUCCCUUGCGGCGCGUGAAUCAGGCGUAUGUGAUUGGAACGUCGACCAAGGUCGACGUUUCUGGGGUCAAUGUGGACAAGAUUGAUGACAAGUACUUCGGUAAGCAGGCUGAGAAGAAGAAGACGAAGACUGAAGGAGAGUUCUUCGAGUCUGAGAAAGAGGAGAAGAAAGUGAUUCCACAGGAAAAGAAAGAUGAGCAGAAGGCUGUGGAUGCUGCAUUGAUCAAAGCCAUUGAAGCGGUGCCGGAUUUGAAGGCUUAUUUGGGUGCAAGGUUCUCGCUUAAGGCAGGCAUGAAACCUCAUGAGCUUGUCUUUUGAAUUAGUGAAAUAUCAAAACCCGAUUUUGUUUAGUUAUGUUGUCUUGUUCUAUUAAAGCUUUGGUUUUGCCUGUGACAGUCUUCUUAAUUUAGAGAAUGCAAACAGAUUUUCUUUGCUGAUCACUUUACUGUCUUGUUAA